AUGGUAUUCGCUCUUUCAGAUAUUUCAAAGAAUCACCAAGUGAGAAAGAAGUACACUAUUCAGCUGGGCGAGAACGAGCUCGUUCUCAAGGAAUUGGAUCUCCUGAGCGAAGACGCCAAUGUUUUCAAAUUGAUCGGUCCGGUUCUUGUGAAGCAGGAUUUGGCAGAGGCUAGGGCCAAUGUGCGCAAGAGAAUCGAAUACAUCUCUGCUGAACUGAAGCGGCUUGAUGCUACUCUUCAAGAUUUGGAAGAGAAGCAAAAUAGCAAGAAAGAAACGAUGUUAAAAUUACAACAGAGGGCUCAAUCUCUCCAGGCUGGAAAAGCAAAGGCAUAA